AUGGGUAUACCCCCGUGUGAAAAGGUUUUUAUGGCCGUUUCGACGGCGUUGAACGAAGAAAUGCAAAUGUCAGAAUGUGAGACGAAAGCGCCGCAUGUAAACAAUGGAAGUUACCUGGCAGUGCCAAAUGUCAGACCUAUUUAUACGAAAAGAACAAAUGGGCACAUGGAUCAAAUAGACUUAACUGAUGUGACCAAUGUAACGGAAAUACCAAACUCCGAGGACAUCAACAAUACAUCUCAUCAAAACACCACAAAACAUUCUGAAAACAACAAUCACAAACAUGACUUACUGAAACUAAAGAAGAAACGGCGUGAGGCGGACCGUAAAAGAAAAGACAAAAUGGAAAUGAAGCGCGAAAGAAAGGCUGCUAAAGUGUUAGGAAUUAUCACUGGUGCUUUCGUUGCCUGCUGGCUCCCUUUUUUCGUAUUAGCGGUGUUGGCCCCAUUUUGUGCAGAACACUGUAACAUCCCGGACACACUGUUCAGCUUCUGUUUAUGGCUUGGCUAUUUUAACUCGUCAUUAAAUCCUAUAUUAUAUACGAUAUUCAACCCUUCUUUCCGCAAAGCCUUUCAUAAGAUUAUUUACGGUAAAUACCGGAUAAGAGAUUGAUACUUGUUUUUAAAUGCAUCUCAUAUAUCAUGUAUUAAUGCAACAUAAUACAUUUCAGGAACAUUAUGCCCCAGAAACGAAUAUAUUUUAACUUCAGUCUUUAUAAUAAUACUUUUAGAGCAUGCAAUAUGUUUGUUAACUGAAAAGUAGUGUAUAAUAAAGGAAGCGAAAUGUACAGAAAGUCGUAUUUUGACUUGCACACAAAAUACUGUAUUACUAUAAAUGUACUAAUAACAAAAAGGUAACAGAAUAAAAUGUUGGACAAUCAGUUACUAUAAAAGUAUAUCAAAAAUGAAAAAAAAAACUUUUGAGAAAUAAAAAAUGAAAUCUUUUUUGGGGCAUAAUUGACCUAUUAAUGCAAAGAUGUGAAUUGUACCAUAAAUCAAAAUAAUAACUCUCAAAACAUCGAGAAAUCUUUUGCAAUUGAGAUUUUGUCUGGUGCAUAUGAAGCCUUAACUUUAAAAUAUAUAUAUGUUCUUGAAUGUUCUUCUUAUGUGUCAAACACUCAAUUCAUCAAGGCGGCAUCUUGUUUACCUCAUUUUCAUGCCUCAAAACAAUAUGUAUACCAAAUGUAUGGUAUGCAUGUGUGUAAGUAAGUACACAUGCAUUAUUUUUGUGUUAUAUACAUAUUUUUAAAGAUCAUAGUCAAAGGUUGUAAUCAUUAUUUUUUCAUUUGUUUUAGACUUUAAAUGUAUAUUUUUAUUUUUUCAAUGGUUAAAUGUUACCUACUUUAUUAUUGAAAUUUAUACUGCAACCUCAUUUUGACAUUAUAAAAUUGUCCGUGUAGUUUGUAUUGUUCAUUAAAAAUAGGCCUUUUUGGUAUUCAUAUGGGAAUUUUUUUAUAACUAAUCAAAAUUGCCGAAAUAUGGAACGAAAUAUUCACUUCCAUUUUCAUUUUUUUUCUGUUAAAUUUUAAGGGAAAGCAUUAAUUUUUCGUAAAAAGAUAGUGAUGGGCUCGUGAAACUUGUUAAAAUGGAGAUGUGAAAAUUACUAUCAUGGUUUUUAUUUAUAAUAGUUUCUGUGAAUUUUGAGAAUGCCACCAGAUUUGUGUUUUUUACAAAAUCUCCACUAAGGUUCAAAAUCUUAGAAAACAUGAAAUAAUUAGAUAGAUCAACUAGGGAACCGAAAACGGGCAAAUGCAAAAGGGAAUAAAUAAAAUUCUUCAGUUUUCAAUUAAUUUAUUCAUUUUUUUCUUUUUCUUUUAUUUCUUUGUGAUUCUUAGCACGGUUGGUGCAUAAAGUGUUUCAAAACUUUUCAUUUCUGGGUCAUGAUUUACAAUUAGAACAAAUAUUCUGAAAACAAAAACAGAGUGAUCGAAUAAUCUGGAAUUUUGUACACAAGUUAUUUGGCCAAGACCUACAUUAAAUGGAAUUUUCAUCUCGGAAACAUAAUUUUUUCCAGUCCCGUAAUGUCAAUAGGCAGUGGAGUCCCUUAAACAGUUUCUUUGAUUUUUUUUAGAAUGCCGCCAAAUUUGUGUUUUUAAAACAUAAUUAGUGUCUUAAUUUAAUUAUAUUUUUCAUAUUGAUUAUUUCAAGAACAUGUAUAACAUGUUUUUGAUCUUAUGAUAUUUUAUUUAUAAAUGUAUUUAUUUUUAAAAGAGAAGGCUUGUUUACUUGGAAGUUGCGGCCUAGCAUCUGGUUAUUAUACCUGUUUAAUUUGAGUUUUGUGUAACUUUGGAGGAAAUACAACAAAACAAUUAAGUUUAACAUUUUUACUGACAGUUUUUCAAUUCUAUUUUAUUUUCCUCCAGUAACUUGAAAUGAAACGUUGACAAAUAUAUUUAUUAGCAAAUCAUGGCGAUUGUUGGUAGUUUAAAAUAUUUUCGAUUUAGGUCUUAAUAUAAGUAUUUAAAAAUAGCCUUUAAAAUAGUCUUUGAAAAAUAGCUUACGUUUGUCCAGAGAAUCGCUUUAUCUUCGUUAAAGCGGCUUUCAGAUUUUCUAAAGGUUAAAUAUUUUUUGAAGAGAAAUCGUUUCAUAUUACGGUAAAAUCAAAAGAAUUAAGGUGUAAAAUGAAUUUGUCGCCGAUAAAAUACAUAAACAAUACGGAAACCCCUCAAUACCUCUAAUCUACCGGUCCGCGCUCUAAAUGUAAAUUAGUAAAACGGAGGAUUCGUUUCCCAAUCUGCUAUUUUUAGAAACGAACGUCACUGUGCGCUAUAAAUAGCUACCGGGGCGCUGUUUCGAAGAAGGCUUAACGAUUAUAUGAUGCACUUUUCAUAGGUGAUAGUACCGAAAGACUUAAUUUGAAACAGUGCCAAUUUUUUUCCAAUAAAUAAUUAAAAGCUGAAGGUCGCUUUACAGAAAAUAUGUUAAUAAAGUUUCAAUCGUAAUAUAGUGCCGCUAGUCUUUUCAAUGUAUAGUAUAUAAUGCUGAAAAAGACCGCGUUUUAUAAUAGAAGAACAGUGCAUUGUUAUACAAA